AUGGAGGAUUCGGGUAUCCAUAGAGGCAUCUGGGAUGGAGAUGCCAAAGCUGUCCAACAAUGUCUGACAGAUAUUUUUACCAGCGUUUAUACCACCUGCGACAUCCCUGAGAAUGCUAUAUUUGGUCCCUGCGUGUUGAGCCACACUUCCUUGUACGACAGCAUAGCUUUCAUAGCCCUUAAGUCUACCGACAAGAGAACAGUUCCUUAUAUCUUCCGGGUGGACACCUCAGCGGCAAAUGCUUCCUCAGAAGGUCUCAUGUGGCUGCGACUGGUUCAAUCAGCCAGAGAUAAAGAAGAACAGAACCUUGAAGCCUAUAUCAAAAACGGACAGCUAUUUUAUCGCUCCCUCCGCAGAAUUGCCAAAGACGAAGAGUUACUUGUUUGGUACGGGAAAGAACUGACUGAGUUACUCUUGCUCUGCCCCUCUAGAUCCCACAGCAAAAUGAAUGGGUCGUCCCCUUACACAUGCCUGGAAUGCAGCCAGCGUUUCCAGUUUGAGUUCCCUUAUGUGGCGCAUCUGCGCUUCCGCUGCCCCAAGAGACUGCAUAGCUUGGAUCUGAACUCCCAAGACGAACAAAGCGGCUGCGCAGGUACUAAAGACCAUGGGGGCGGCGGCGGUGGCGGUGGCGGUGGUAAAGAUCCCCAGCAGCAACAGGAGGCACCCUUGGGCCCCGGCCCUAAAUUCUGCAAAGCCGGCCCCAUCCACCACUACCCAGCACCCUCCCCAGAGAGCAGUAGUAACCCUCCAGCGGGUGGCGGCGGCAGCGGCACUGGCACUGCGAAGCCAUCCACAGACUUCCACAACCUGGCUCGGGAACUGGAAAACGCCAGGGGAGGCAACAACUGCUCUCCAGCCCGGAAUCUCAGCAGCGUCAGCAGCAGCCACCAGGAGGCGGAGUUGAGUCCCGACGGCAACGCCACCGGCGGCGGCAAAGGGAAGAGGAAGUUCCCAGAGGAGGCUGCAGAGGGCGGCGGUGUGGGGCUGGUGGGCGGCCGGGGCCGCUUCCCCGAGCGGCCCCCGCUUGUCUCCAAGGAGGACCUGGUGUGCACGCCGCAGCAGUACCGCGCCUCCGGCAGCUACUUUGGUCUGGAAGAGAACGGCCGCCUGUUCGCGCCGCCCAGCCCCGAGACGGGCGAGGCCAAGCGCAGCGCCUUCGUGGAGGUGAAGAAGACGGCCCGCGCGACGGGCCUGCAAGAGGAGGCGUCCGCCGAUGGCGGGGGCGCUACAGUGGAGGAUCAGGACGUGGGCGGCGGCUCGUCCACGCCCGGGGCCAUGUCUCCGGUGGGCGCCGAGAAGCUACUUGCCCCGCGGCCCGGGGGUCCGUUGCCCAGCCGGCUGGAGGGCGGCAGCCCGGGGCGGGGCAGCGCCUUCACCUCGUUGCCGCAGCUGGGCGGAGGGGGCUGCAACGGCGCGGGUGGUGGCGCGGGCGGCGGGGCCCCGGGCAAUGGACAGGGCGCCGCUUCGGACGAGCGCAAAAGCGCCUUCUCGCAGCCUGCGCGCUCCUUCUCGCAACUAUCGCCGCUAGUGUUGGGCCAGAAGCUGGGCGCGCUCGAGCCGUGCCAUCCCGGCGACGGCGUGGGGCCCACCCGACUCUACCCCGCCACCGCCGACCCUCUUGCCGUGAAACUGCAAGGGGCCGCGGACCUGAACGGGGGCUGCGGGGCCCUGCCGAGUGGCGGAGGCGGCCUGCCCAAGCAGAGCCCGUUCCUCUACGCCACCGCCUUCUGGCCCAAGAGCUCGGCGGCGGCCGCGGGGCCCCUGCAACUCCAGCUGCCCUCGGCCCUCACGCUGCUACCGCCCUCUUUCACCUCCUUGUGUUUGCCCGCGCAGAACUGGUGCGCCAAGUGCAACGCCUCCUUCCGCAUGACCUCCGACCUAGUGUACCACAUGAGGUCGCACCACAAAAAGGAGUACGCCAUGGAGCCCCUGGUGAAACGACGGCGGGAAGAGAAACUCAAGUGUCCCAUUUGCAACGAGUCCUUCAGGGAGCGUCACCACCUCUCCAGGCACAUGACCUCGCAUAACUGA